AUGACAACCAAAGAAGAAGGAGAAACAGAGGCUCCUGAGAAGACACUCCCGUCCUUGUCACAAGUUGAAGAAGGGAUCGUGUCGCCUCAAAGGGAAGAAAACUCUCGGCAAAGCAGCAACGUACAAGAAGAGGUGGCCCCGACCUAUUUGUGGCAGAAUCAUGAGAAUAAUGGACAAGGGCAGAAAUCGUCACCGCCAGCACCAGCGCGGCUACCCCGAAAUUUACCACGGAAGCAACCGAUAGUUCAGGCAAGCAAAGUGGCAAAUCAACAAGGUGAUUCUUCUUGCUCUAAUAAUAAGGAAGACAACCGCAAACUGAACACAGGACCAAAUAAUCAACAAGAAGAAGAGGCCCCGUCGUAUUGGUGGCAAAACCACGAGAAUGGAGAAUGGUGGAGCGGAAAAAUAAAAGUGCCCCAAAGUCAAGCUAUGAAUGAUAGAGGGAAUGAUGAUGGCAACAAUGACCAGCUGAAGGAAAACACAUCGACAAUCAAAAUUAUUCCGGGGGAUGAGGAAAAUGAAGCGUAUCAGAGAGUAUCGGGUGGGGGUAGCAACACAAGGCUACUUGUAGGGGACAAGAAUUCAACUUUAUGGAUUGGGACGAAUGGGGACGUUCAGGGGGCAGUUCCACCCCAAACCCAAACUAUGCAGGAUCGUGCCGAUUAUGACUGUGAGAAACACGAGGAGCCAAAACUGGACGAGCCGAAAAGGCGUUCCAUGAACGAUGCGUGUCCUUGGAUGCAAGACUGUCCGGGCGGCGCAUAUUGCCCCUGCAUGGUAGUAUGCCUCCCAUGUAUGGUGGUGUACCUCCAAUGCUAUUGUUGUCGCGACUGUCUACUUUAUAUCUGUGAUACCAGCAAUUCCAAACACGACCGACCCAUCUUUGAAGGCCCAGAGGGUGGGAUGAGAACUUGCAACGACCAAAAACGAGACAUGCAGGAAGUAAGUUUCGAUUGCUGUGACAGGGUAUGGUGCGGAAACGACGACUCUCCGGGACUCUGUCCCGAGGUUUGCGACCAAGGCAUUUGCGACAAUGGUAUUCAACACUUUUGUGGUGACUGCUCUAAAAUGUGCUCGGACGGGUGCCAAUGCUGUGGCGAUUGCUGCAUGGAUUGUCUGUGCUGUGACGGGUGCAACUGCGGCGGUUGCGACUGUGACUGCGGUGGCGACUGCGGCGAUGCUGGGGAAUGCCUCUUCUGUAUCCUGUGCUGUCCCUGUCAGGUUUUGGCCGGUGCCAGCAACUAG